AGAGAGUGGCGACGCGCAUCAGUUGUAUUUAUUAUUGCUAGUGUUUCUAUUCUACUGUUCGAUUGUCCCAAGGAAUUAAAGGGGCUGUUUUGUAUAUCGACAAAUAGUUUCUUUACUUUACGGUAUUCGGUUGUGAAUGCACUAGCGCAUACUUGACACAGAUAGAAAGCAGCCAUGUUCCACAACAGUUCACAUGGAAAAUACUGGAUUUUUCAAAAUGAAGACGAAGCUGAGCAUAAGAGAUACAAGGCCAACCAGAAAUUCCGUAACAAGAUACUUGAAAGUGGGAAGCCUGGAGUGAGCGAGUCGAAGUUCCUGGAGCGUCAUGAGGAAGAUGUUUUAUUCCGACACUAUGAGAGGAGGAUGCUGGACUUCUGCAAUGCUUUCAAGCCUGCAAUGCCCAAAUCUGUUGUGGGUACAGCCAUCAUGUACUUCAGGAGAUUCUAUAUUAACAAUUCCAUCAUGGAGUACCACCCCAGGAUCAUCAUGCUGACAUGUGCAUACCUGUCAUGUAAAGUGGAGGAGUUCAACGUGUCCAGCACCCAGUUUGUGGGCAACCUUCUGCAGGAGACACCGGAAGGGCAGGAAAGAUUUCUGGAGCAAAUCCUUGAGUAUGAGCUGCUGCUGAUUCAACAACUCAACUUUCACCUGGUGGUCCACAACCCCUACAGACCGAUGGAGGGUCUGCUCAUCGACCUCAAGACAAGAUAUCCUGCGCUAGAGAACCCAGAGUCACUGAGGAAGAAUGCUGAUGACUUUCUGACACAGGCAGCCAUGACAGAUGCAGGACUGCUGUUUCCCCCCUCUCAGAUUGCUCUAACAGCUAUUCUGAACAGCGCCUCGAGAGCUGGUCUCGGCAUGGAGAGCUACCUGACUGAAUGUUUAGGACUCAAAGAUGACAAAGAGACUCUCUCAAAGAUGUACGAGUCAAUGAGACGGAUGAAAACCCUUCUAAAGAAGUAUGAACUUCCCAAAGCGGAGGAGGUGAAUGUUUACAAGAAGAAGCUGGAGAGGAUACAUGCUGAAUUUGCCAGUUCAAGCAACAAACGAAAGAGAGGAUAUGAAGAAGACGGUCACGUGGCAAAAGAAGCACGUUUAGCAGAAGAGGAAUGGACUGAUGAAGACCUGUUAUGAGUAAUUACCCCAAAAUGGUUCUGCAUUUAAAGUUUAAAGUUAUAAUUUCCAAUAUUAAACUGUCAUGGUUGGAUGACCAAGCCUUUAUAGAAAACACAAUGGAGUGUCAGUGACAGUUUGCAUAAGUGUACAUGUUAAAUUUACUAUUCUACAAGAUAUUGUAGAAACUUUGUUUCCUUUGCUCU